CAUGCAUGUGUGCAGAUGCUGAACCGAGUCUUGCAGUUUGGUGGCUGGCUCCCAAUUUGAUAAUGGGCGCAUACCGCCCACUCUUGCACGCACGCACGUAACUGAGCAGUUGCACUUGCCCAUGCCUUAUAUUAACAGAGCACGGCGCCACAACAAGGGAGAAGAGAGAGAGGCAUAGAGUUCAGGCAUCAGAGAGAAGAGAGAGUUUCAGAGAGAGGAGAAGGGUUUCUGAAGGAUGGCCUGCGGUGGUGCAAGGAUGAUCCCUGCUGCUGGUGUGGGCAGGGUGAUCGCGCCAUGGAUUCUUGCUUGCGUCCUGUUGCUCUGCUCGUCCAUUCUGGGGGCUGAAGGCGCCAUUGGUGUGAACUACGGCAUGCUCGGCAACAACCUGCCGCCGCCGGAGAAGGUUAUCUCCAUGUACAAGGCCAAUAACAUCAGCUACGUGCGGCUCUUCCACCCGGACACGUCCGUGCUUGCCGCGCUCCGCGGCUCCGGCAUCGGCGUCGUCCUGGGCACGCUCAACGAGGACCUAGCCCGCCUCGCGUCCAACGAGUCCUUCGCCGCGUCGUGGGUCGCCUCCUACGUGAAGCCGUUCGCCGGCGCCGUGCAGUUCCGGUACAUCAACGCCGGCAACGAGGUCAUCCCGGGGGAGACCGCCGCGCACGUGCUCCCGGCCAUGCAGAACCUCAAGUCCGCGCUCCAGUCCGCGGGGGUCAGCGGCGUCCCGGUCACGACGGCCGUGGCCACGUCCGUGCUCGGCGCAUCGUACCCUCCGUCGCAGGGCGCGUUCUCCGAGGCGGCCGCGCCGGUGAUGGCGCCGAUCGUCGCCUACCUGUCGUCCAAGGGCACGCCGCUGCUGGUGAACGUGUACCCGUACUUCGCGUACUCGGCCAGCGGGGGGAAUGUGGCCCUGGGCUACGCGCUGCUGUCGGCCGACUCCGGCGCGGCGGCGUCGGUGACGGACGGCGGGGUGGUGUACACCAACAUGUUCGACGCGAUCGUGGACGCGACGCACGCGGCGGUGGAGAAGGCCGGCGCGCAGGGGCUGGAGCUGGUCGUGUCGGAGACCGGGUGGCCGUCGGGCGGCGGCACGGGCGCCAGCGUGGAGAACGCGGCGGCGUACAACAACAACGUGGUGCGGCACAUCGGGGCGGGCACGCCGCGGCGGCCCGGGAAGGCCGUCGAGACGUACCUAUUCGCCAUGUUCAACGAGAACCAGAAGGCCGAGGGCGUGGAGCAGAACUUCGGGCUCUUCAGGCCGGACAUGACCGAGGUCUACCACGUCGACUUCGCCGCGUCCGCGGGAGCCCACUAGGAGCCCACUAGGCUUAGGGCUGGUUCAGAGACUGAUCUCGCGCUGAUCGGUGUUAGAGCGGUGUGUCUAGGUUCACUACGUACGCACUUUGCCGUACGUGUGUGUACGGUGCAUGUCGGUACACGGCAUUAUGGGUUUGUCAUCGUUGCUGAGCACAUUGGAGUCGUGAUUAUUUGUGUUGUUAGUGGUGGUUCGAUUAUAUAUGCUUGUUCGACCCUUUC